GUACCCUCACAAAGGUGCCAAGAUCUCUGCUCCCUGUCACAGAGAGAGAGAGAGAGAGAGAGAGAGAAUUAACCAAGUUUCACAAUGGCAAACUACUCCACCAGCAUGCGGCUGAAACUGCCGGUGGUGUGUAUCGUGUUGGAGGUCAUCCUCAUCAUCCUCUUUGGCGUCCUUGUGGAGUAUGACAAUGACACUGACGCGAAGAAGUGGCACAAAGACAACAAAACGGACGCACAUAACAUGGACAACGAAUUCUACUAUCGCUAUCCUAGUUUCCAGGAUGUACAUGUGAUGAUUUUCAUUGGCUUCGGGUUCCUCAUGACAUUCCUGCAGCGUUAUGGCUUUAGCAGUGUUGGCUUUAACUUCCUGAUUGCAGCCUUUUCUCUGCAAUGGGCAACACUCAUGCAGGGCCUCUUACAUGGCUUGCAUCAUGGCAAGAUCCAUGUUGGAGUGUUGAGCAUGAUCAAUGCAGACUUCUGCACUGGCUCAGUGCUGAUCUCAUUUGGGGCUGUGUUGGGCAAGACAAGCCCAGUCCAGAUGAUGAUAAUGGCCAUAUUUGAGGUUACUCUGUUUGCCGUAAAUGAGUUCAUCCUUUUGAAUCUUUUGCAAGCAAGAGAUGCUGGAGGAUCCAUGACCAUCCAUACAUUUGGAGCAUACUUUGGACUCAUGGUGACACGUGUGCUGUACAGGCCCAACCUGGACAAGAGCAAGCACAGGAACAGCUCCGUGUACCAUUCUGACCUCUUUGCCAUGAUUGGAACCAUCUACCUGUGGAUGUUCUGGCCCAGCUUCAACUCAGCCAUCACUGCUUUAGGAGAUGACCAGCAUCGCACUGCCCUGAACACAUACUACUCACUGGCUGCCUGCACACUUGCCACAUAUGCUUUCUCUGCUCUUGUCAACCACGAAGGAAAACUCGACAUGGUGCACAUUCAGAAUGCGGCAUUGGCAGGAGGUGUUGCUGUAGGAACUGCUGGUGAGAUGAUGCUGACUCCAUUUGGUUCCAUGAUAGUGGGAUUCCUGGCUGGAACAAUCUCAGUGCUGGGGUACAAGUACCUCACACCUGUUUUGGAGUCAAAGCUGAAGAUUCAAGAUACAUGUGGUGUUCAUAACCUACACGGCAUGCCUGGAGUCUUGGGAGCCAUUGUUGGGUCCAUCACUGCUGCAACAGCAAGCUCUUCAAUAUAUGGCAAUGGGAUGGCAGAUGUGUUUCCUGAAAUCUCCAAGGAUUUCACUGCAUCCAAUCAAGCUGUAAUGCAAAUCGUCUCGCUUUCUGUUACCCUGGGUAUGGCCCUGAUUGGUGGGCUUAUUGUUGGAUUCAUUUUAAAACUGCCUAUUUAUGGAGCCCCACCUGACACUCACUGCUUUGAGGAUGCAAUCUAUUGGGAGGUGCCCGGAGAAGUGGAGGGCCAUAAUGAACUGACCACUGUGAAAACAGCUGAUGAGGCAGAGAAACUCAAUGGUUAAAUUACAUGCCUGCCUUUGCGAAUCAGUGCUUGUGUGUAUACAUAUGUGUGUGCCUGUGCAUAAGUAUUGCCUUACCUGCCAAAACAUACAGGGUAUACACUCAAAGCUGAGUAUCACUGCAACAUUAUCUGUGGUCCACUCAAGAAGUAUGAUUUUUAUAUAGACUUUCGUAUUCAGAAUGUUGUGAAAGUGUGUGUGGUUUCAACAAUUUUAUCAAGUCUGAAGAAUGUAAACUUUUCUUAGCUUAGUGGAGUUUAGCUUAUAUAUCAUUCAUUUAAAAUAAAAUAAUUUGGAUGUAUGUGUUUCACUGUAAAAACUGAGGGGGGGGGGGGAUGAAACUGUGCCACCUGUAUGUAGCAGUAUUCAACUCAUUGUGCUAAAUGCUGUAUGCUCAGGUAUUAUUCAAAAGUGGAAAGCCAUCAAGUCUUGUCCAAUCUAGUGUUUGCAUAAAAUGCUGGCUGCUGAAGAUAUCAUAUAUGCAUUAUUGGCCAAGAUAUCCAACAACUCUGUGCUAAGAAAUGAUCAUGCUAGUCAAUAUGGCCACAAGGGGGGGAGAAAGUACAGGCAUCAACUGUCGACCAUGUCAUGGUAAUAUACUUCAAACCAAAGUUCAUUCGCUGUGUUAAAGUGCUACUUCCUACAACAUUAACAUCUCCUACAACACUACACAGGACAACAAAUCAUUAGCAGCCACAUCCCGUUUCCGACACACCCUGUUAUGAAAGCGAUGCCUUAAUGCACAGGUUUCCUACCCUGGUUCUGGACUUCUCUGUCCUGCACAUUGUAGUUUUCCUGCCUUAACACUCCCGCUUCAACUCAGGAUGGGCUGUUAAUUAGCUGAUUAUUUGAAUGAGGUGUAGGAAGAGGGGAAAACUUUAAAAUGUACAGGAUAGGGAGUACUCCAGAAUAAAAUUAACUCGUUCUAUAUGACCACCAGAUGGCGCCAUUGAGCUAUUGACUGAGCUGCAGCAGUAGGUCGGUAACGUGCAGAAUUUGUGUUAAAUGAUUUGCUUGGAAAUGCUUGAUUUGAAGUUAUCGUUAGUUAAUCAUGGCCUAUGUCUCUGUGCAUAUUUCUGGUACUGUUGCAUUUUGCAAGGGGCAUUUAUGAGGCAAUCGUCAUCUGUUAUUUUACCACAAAAUGUUUAAGAAAUAUUAAUUUAAUUAAGAAAACACAUCUAUGUAACACCAAUUGCUUAAUAAAUAUAAACUGGAAUGCCUUUAAAAAAA